AUGACUCUCAUCCCAAGUGACUGCAGAAGACGUAUGCUAGACCAGCUAGAACUCUCUGCCAAGAACUUCCAAUCCGACAAGACGGUCGGCUCGCCAAUACCCACAUUUUUCACACUUCUCGCCGCUAUGUCGUGCUGA